UGCGUUCCCACAAUUCUCCGCGACAGCCGCUAUGGAGGCUAGCAGGACAGCAGUGCUCCGGGUGAAGCGGAAGCGCAGUGCAGAGCCUGCUGAGGCUCUUGUGCUCGCCUGUAAACGCCUCCGGAGCGGCUCGGUCGAGUCUACCGCCCAGAAGGCGCCGGAGGGUCUGGAGAGAGCAGCGGAGAAUAAUGUCUUCCAGUUAGUGGCCACCGUGCGCUCCCAGGAGGAACCAGUCCAGCCACUCCUGCGGGCUGCUCUGCACCCGUCCCGGGGCAGCCAGCAGCGUAUCCGCCGCGAUCUCCGUGCGUCGGCUUGGGAGACCCGGCAGGAGGGACGCUACCGGGUUAUCUCCAGCCGCCGAUCCUUGGGAACCACUGCGUGCGGCUUGGAGUCCAAAUACGCUCUGGGGAACCCAGAAGCCGCCGGGGACUCAGGCUUUCAGCUAUUCGACCUGGUCCACGAAGAGGAAGAACCUGAAGCCGCAACUGCGGACUCCUCCAAAACAUCUGACCCAGAUGUGAUCCUCUGCAAUUCUGUAGAGUUGAUACGUGAGCGAUUGACGAUAUCUGAGGAUGAACCAAGGGCCAGGCCCCAGGAGGAACAAAAGCACGAUGACUAUGUGUAUGAUAUUUACUACUCAGAGAUGGCCACUCCAGGGUGGAUUGAGAACAUCCUCUCUGUGCAGCCCUAUAGUCAAGAGUGGGAGCUGGUGAAUGAUGAUCAAGAGCCAGAGGACAUUUAUGAUGAUGAAGAUGACGAGAACAGUGAGAACAACUGGCGCAAUGAGUACCCAGAGGAGGAGAGCAGUGAUGGAGAUGAAGAUUCCAGAGGCUCUGUUGAAUACCUCAGUGAGGAGGAAAGAGGCAGUAGACGACAGCAGAUGUGGAGCAAAUACCCUUUGGAUGUCCAGAAGGAGUUUGGCUAUGACAACCCCCACGAUCUGGAUUCAGACUGAUGAUAGUCAGAUAUCUUGUGAUAUCCAUGAGUUUCUACCACAGGCCCUUGAGGGCUCUGUGACUACAGAUUUAACCACCCUGGUGACUGACAUCUCCUUAGGUUUCCCAGCUUAACACAUGGAAGGAAAAAGCAUAUCCAUCUGCACCAUCCUACCACUAUGAAGCCUUAUGCUAAGGGAGUAAGUCUUUUUCACUAAUAGUAGGAUGUCAGUCAAAAUUUACUCUACUCUCUGGAGAUGGUGGAAUGCUAAAGGUUCCUUUAGUUUCUUGGCCAGGCAUUUUUCUUGGCAUUCCAUUUCUCUUAUGCUGAAGCCACAAGGGGGAGGAGCAAUAAAAUUGCUCAUCAGCAAUAAAAUUCUGCUUUCCCAUACCACCAGGCUAUGUGCCUCCAGUAAAAGCUUGUUCCUUCUGAUAGAGGGAAUCUAGAAGGGCUACCACUGUAGCAACCCAGACUGAAGAGUAAUCGCCAUUAGGGUGGGAAGUAGAAUGUGUCUGAGCUUUGUGUAAGAUUUUCAUUAACAGUUGUCUCUGCCUCCCUGCUUCCAGGCUCUGAUAAUGAUUGUAAACAUUGCUAUCUUCCUAUGGCAGUGGUGUCAAGGGACAGAAUAUGUAUAAAUGUGAUAAACUGUGUUUAAUAAAAACUAACUUUGAACAUGGCA